UUAAGGUCUGACGACGUUCUUACCGUCGCUCUCUAGCUAACGGUGAGCUGCCGUCUUGUCUCACCGAUCCCUUAUGUUCAGGCUGUCGCAGUUUCAAAGCAAAAGGCCCUGAAUCCCCGUCCGACGGCUGACGCUCUCUAAGUUUGGACAAACCGCUCUUUCGAUUUCAUUAUGAUGGAUGUGGAUAAGGGAGAUGCAGCGGUAGAGAAUUCAAUUGAAGAAAAAGCCGAAGUGUUAGAAGUAAAUACAAUUAUAGAACCCCACGCAGGUCUAGAAGGAAAUGCAAUUCUAGAACCUUGUGUCGGUAUGAAAUAUGAAUCGGAAGAUUCUGCUCUCAAAUACUAUACGGAAUAUGCCAGACAACUAGGAUUUGUUGUGCGAAUCAUGCAACGUCGUCCUUCUGGGAUUGAUGGGAGAACUCUUGCCCGUCAACUUGGAUGUAACAAGCAGGGUUUUUCUCCUAAUCACAAGGGUCUUAUUGAUCCGGAGAAGAAGCCACGGUCUAGUGCACGAGAGGGUUGCAAGGCAACAAUUUUAGUCAAAAUGGAGAAGUCUGGAAAAUGGGUUGUUACAAGAUUCGUAAGGGAUCAUAAUCAUCCUCUGGUUGUCACAUCUAAUGGGUUCAGCACGGAGGGUGACAAGGAUAAGAAAAUUGAGGAACUUACGAGAGAGUUGGAGCAUCAGGAACAGCGAUGUGCCAUCUAUCGGGAAAGAUUAUUCAGUUUUAUGAACAACAUCGAGGAGCAUUCAGAAGAACUGUCUUCAAAAAUUCAAGUUAUUGUUGAUAAUGUGAGGAAAGUUGAAUCUCAGGUCCAGAAAUUUUCACACCAUAGAUAGGACUGGCAAUCGAUGUUAGGAUUUAUGUAUCAGGCAUCUCUGUGAAUAAUUUUUUGUUUUUAUAUAGAAGCUUGUAAUCGUGUACAGUCCUCAGGUCAAUUUUCUGUGCAAGGGAUGGUUAUCAUUUUCCACAGUGCAACCACCUUUUGCAUGCGUAUUGAUUUUGAGCUCUCUUGUGUUAGGAUUUAGGUUUAGGGUUUCUAAAUGCACACAAGAAGUUGUGAUUUAUACGCGUA